AAAAGCGUUCUCACGGAUUUAAUGGCAAUGGUGGUCAAUGUCCUUGGGAGAUGAAACCCUAAUUAUUAUAAAAAUCCUCACUUUCCAAGUCACAAAGUCAUAACUAACGCGUUUCAUCCUUCACCAAACAUCACAUAAAAGUUGUCAAACGUCACUCUCUCCGACCGUCUUCUCCGUUUUCUCAUCCAUAUCUCAUACAUAAUAUCUCCCUUAUUCUAUAUACAUAGUUCCAACAUCACCGAAACUAAGGACACACACAUGGAGAAGAAAUCAAAAUCAAGAGAAGAAAAGCUUAACCAAGUUUCGAAGGGAAACGUUUGGGAUUGUGGCAGCAGCCUAUACGAUUCCUUCGAGCUCAACUCCUUCAAACGCCAACUGAACACGGCAAUAUCGAAUUCCCCGAAAAACAGAAAAACCCUUUCCAUGUCUCAUUUACCCGAACGUUGUCUCUCACUUCAACUUCAUCCUCAACCACCACCCAUCAUGUCCAACAACAAGCCUUUCAAGAUCUCUCGAACCUUCCAGAAACUCCUUCGAUUUGUCUUCAAGUCCGGCAACAAGUUAAGGACUUCUACUUCUUGUUCUAGGUCUACCACCCCCACCAGUAUUAUUGCCAGUAAUAAUAAUACUACUUUCCAAGUGGCAGAGAAAUAUUCCAACAAAGAUCGUUUCUACGUUGUUUACGACAAAUCCGAACCCGUUCUCUCCACGAUUCCCGAGCUUCCGGAAUUUGAGGUGGCCGUGCUUUCGCCGGAGAUCGCUUCGUUUGUGAGAAAGUCGGCGUCGGACAGGUUUAUGGCCACCACCGCUAUCGGGUUUGGAGUCAACUAGGAGAGACGCGUUUGGUUUUUGAUUGGGAUUUUAGAUGAAUGGGUGGUGGGGCUCCCAUUUUAAGGCCGAGCACGACGGAAGAAGUUACUUUCAAAUAUUCAACUACAAAACGACAAUUUCAUCGUAAGGAAAUUCUACAAUAAGAGAAGAGGUAGAUGUGUAAUAAAUAAGUCGUUUGAUCAAAUAAAUAAAUAAAAUAAAAUAAAAUAAA